CUUGGAGAUGCUGUUUGCGUCACAGGCAAGUUUAGCAGAAGUGUGAUACACUAAAUGAGACAGUCUUAAGGAGCUUGGUCGGAGACAAGACCGCGAGAAAUGGAGGAGGACAUCAGAAAGAAGGGGAUGCUGUAUUUACAACAGCAGCGGUUUGGGAAGAAAUGGCGAAAGGUCUGGUCCGUGCUGUACCGAGAGAGCUCCUGCUCCAUCUCUCGCCUUGAGUUUUUUGAGUUUAAAGAUGGAGCUGGCAGCACGCUGGAGAGACCCAACCGCAAACAGGAAAACAAAAAGGUGAUAAAAAUGAAUGACUGCAUUCGCGUUUCGGAGGCUGAUGUCGAAGGCUGUCCAAGGGAUUGUGGACCUUUUUUGGUGGAGACGACUGAAAAGACCUUUGUUUUUGCCGUUGAGACAGCAGAACUCGACGAGUGGAUCCAGAGACUCUGUGAAAUCGCCUUUCCGAUGAGCUGGACAGAGCGAGGCGCAGUGAGAGGAAACAGUUUACAAGCUGAAUCUGAUGAUGCCACGAUGGCAGACAACACUCUCUACUGCAGCAGAGAAACUGCAAUGAAAGACUUUAAGGUGACAGUGAGGCGCACGGAGGCUUCUGAGAGGUGCAGCCUGAAAGGAACAGUGCUGUUACGGACUGAUUUUGAUAGCCUCCUUCUGAAGGAACCUAAGACGGGAGAGGUUCUCUACUCCUGGCCCUACCGCUUCCUCCGCAGGUUCGGAAGAGAUAAGGCGACAUUCUCCUUUGAGGCUGGGCGGAGAUGCGAUUCUGGAGAAGGCAACUUUGAGUUCGACACGAAGCAAGGAAACAACAUCUUUCAAUCGGUAGAGGCCGCCAUCAAUCUACACCGAGUCAAUUUACCUCAGAAGCAGAUAUCAAGUGGGGAGCGAGAUACCCUCCCCUCUUCACCUCGAAUGAGAGCUGUGGCAGAGGAUCCUGGUAUCUACAGUAUGGUGACUGAGGGAGCAAUCAGAGACGGACACAAACAACCCCAGAACGCUCCGCAAUCCAGACUCGAAACCCCCUCGGAGAAGCUUCUGACCGGAGUCAAGAGCCUGACCCUGGACACAAGGCCUCCGCCGCGAAAGAGCCAGGUCAAGAACUUCCGCAGCUGUCCUUUAGUCAACAGCGAGGAAGAGAUGUAUUCCCGGGCCAUGGCACUGGAUCCAGAUCGGGGAAGUCCGGGGGAGAAGAGAGAACCAAAAGACCGCCGUUCCACAUGCUCCAACCCUGAGGACUCUGACUACUCACUGCCCUUUGACACGAUUGCCAAGAAUGUUAUGGGAGACAUUUUGUCUACAUCAAACCCUUCGACCAUCUUUAUAGAGCCCAGCUGUGAAAACGACAAGAAAGGCAAUAUAGAAAACACAGAACCACUUUAUGACAUUAUAGAUGAGACUGCUAUCAGAUCCCGUUUCCAAAACAGAAAAACGCAUUCUUACAAAAGAGUGGAGCAUAUCUAUGAUGAACCGGAGGGAUGCUGUGUGACCCCAAGUGGGCCUCCAUCGCUCUAUGAUGAACCGGAGGAGGUCAAAGGUCAUGCUUGGAAGAUGUUGGGCACAGUAAUGGAUCCGAGCGGUCACGAGUAUCCAUACAAUGCUUCUGUAGAUGAUUACGCGGUUCCUAAACCUCCAAGGAGGGCCUUGCUUUUAAAGCAGGACAGUGAGGAAGAGGAGAGUUCACCAUACGAUAACAUCAUGGUGAAAGGAGCGCAAAAGAUUAACUAAAGACUGCUUCAGAAUCUAAAGAGUUCAGUGAAGUUAAAUAUAUAUGAGUGUGUGAAUGAAUGAAUGAAAUAUUUAAUCAUUUAAUGUGCAUAAUAUGGAUCAACCUGAUAUACAGUAAUUUGUACAUAUUUAAAAAGGUGGUUCAUUUGUAUGAAUUCGUAUAACCUCACUUGUACAAAUUCAUAUGAUUUGUGAAAAAUUGUACGUGUUUUAUGAGGUGGCAAAUUAGUAGGAAUCUGGCCCUAAACUUAACCAUCACAGAAAUCCUACAAAUUGUACGAGUGAAAUACGUACGAAUUAGGUGUGAGAUAGCAUAGUGUGAAUAAUAGUGCAUUAUUGUUCUUCAAAAAGCUGUGAUCUUCAAUAAAUAUCACCAUGCUGGUCAAUAUGAUUAACUGUUAAGUUCCAUUCCAACAUUAAAUCUCUACUUUAACCAAAUGUGCUAAAAAUUUAAAUUUAAUAUUACUUAAAUAAAAAAAAAAUUAUAAAAGAAGUAAAGGUUUCUGGAAAUAAACUUUUUUUUUGUGGGUGGUUAGCACAUAAGACAAGUAGGUGAAACACAGCACGUGAAAAGUGACGCUACAGUUUAGCAUCAUCAAUUCAGUGCAGUUAGCAUUUAGAGGUUAAACUCUAAAAACAAAACAAAAAAACUUAGGCUUGUCUGAUUAUAUAAAAUUUGAUGAAUAAAUAAACACAAUAAGUGUAACAUUUUAUUCACAAAACUUUAGCUUUUUAAAGAACCAAUUCAGGCCUCGGCAUCUAUAAGUCAGAUUGUUUCAGUCUGCUGUAUUCUCCACAUCCUGACGCUUAGAACCAAACCUAAAGAUGGGCAUAUGCUUUCAGCACAAAUUCAGCACUGUUAACUGAUUUGCAUAACCACAACUGCUAAAACUGCGCUAUCAGCAGGCGCAGUGCAUUCACAGUGAAUUCCCCACUAAGUGUCCUAAUACCAUACGACUGUAUCUACCAUGACCUUCACUAUCUACAAAGACACAGUUGAUUUUAUCCAGAGUAUUUUAUUUUUAUUUUUAUUUUUUUUCAUUUCUAAGGGACUGUGAGAGUAAUUAAAGUCCUGCAGAUCUCUCCCAAAAUGAAUGAAGUCCAUCACCCAAUCCUCUGCUUGCUAAUGGUGGACAAGGGAGUUCCCCAAAUGUCAUUGUAUUAUUCAGGCCAGACUCUGACUUUCCCUCUCACAGGCUUCCUUUUUUGAGGAACACAUGAAAAAUAAUCACUUGACUUAUAGAGGGAAACUGGGGCACUGUAAGGAUGCUGCUGGGCUCCAUGCCUGCCAUGGCUCAUGAGUUCCCACGCAGUCUGGAGACUUUUAAAGUCUGAAAAAAAACUUUACAGCUCUCAUCAUUUCAGUUUCUUUCUUCUUUCAGAGCAUUCCAAAAAAAUAUGAACAGCAUUGCACAUUAUAUGAAUUGUUUUUAUGUAUUUCACUGCACACUGGUCAUGUUUUAAAUGCAUACGGCGUAUUGUUAUCAUUGUAAUUAGGCUGGAUAUAGUUCAAAACAAACAUGACUGCAAUUUAAAACUAUCUGCUGCCAUCAGACUGAAGAGAGAUGUGGUGGCAAUCUGCUACCGGAACAUUUUUGCAUAGUUUUGCAACUCAUUAACUGAGUAAACUGGUGCAGACGUAAUAACGUAAAUACAGUACACACGGAUGCACUUAUUACUGCUUUGGGAGUCUAUUGUGAGAUUAACUCUGAUGAAAAAUAUGAACGUUUUGUUAAGCACCAACUCUUCUCAAACCUCUCUGUGAAGUACCCCCAGAACUGCACAUUUUGUAGGUCUCCCUUUAUUUGACACCCACUUCAGGUUUUGCAGUCUCCAAUAAUGAGCCGAUGAGUUGAAUCAGGUGUGAUAGAGGAGGGAGACAUACAAAAUGUGCAGGACUGUAGGGUACUCCAGGACAGGUUUGAGAACCACUGGCCUAGUUCCUUGUUCCUUGUAAAAUAGGUUUGAACAGCAGGGGGCACUGUUCCUCCUCAAUGGCGAGCUCCUGCAGAAACACUGCCGGAUAGGGGUCAUGGUUGCCUGGUUGUGAGAGAGUCGAAAGCCUCAGGGGUGUUGAUUUUUUUGUUAAUAAAAAAAUAUUUUCUCUUUUAUUGUUGGACAGAAAUCGACUUGGAGUAUUCAGUGGUAAAGCAUGAAAUUAAUGGGGAAAAAUCAACUGAAAUGUAACUGAAAUGUGGUUAGUUUUCCUUAACUGAAUAAAUAAGAGUGCUGCCAGCUUAUUUUAGGUGAAGAUCAUCAUCCUCAUGCCACGUUAUGUUUCAUUCCAGCGAUUUCUUUGAAACAGACUUGAUACUAAGGCAACGUGAGUCUAAUGUGGAAACUCUGAAAAUAGACAUUACUGAUAUUUUUUUUUGAAAAAAGAUGUAAAGUGAUACAACACUGACACCAUAAUGUAUAUAACACUGUCUACAGUGAGAUCAAUAAUACCUGUGUAUCUCUUGACUUAUAUAGUAAAACUUAAAAAAACUUAAACUUAUUAUAGAUAUAAAAAUAUAUAAACAGGUUAUAGAUUAUAUACACAUUAUUAAAUUACACACACACACACACUCAGUUUUAUGCAAAAGUUUGGCCACCCCUCUGAGGCUGUAUUAUAAUGUGACCUUUCUCUAUAAAACAAGUUUGUAGUGAUAUGCCAUUCAGUUUCAAGAGAAAGCUUAAUAAUGUGAGGUGUGUGAAAUAAAAUAAAAAGUGAAAAAUAGCUUGUGCAAAAGUUUGGGCACCCUCUCAGUUUUGUUGAGUUGAAUACCUGUAGUAACUUAAUGCUGAUUGAUUGCAAAAAAAAAAAAAAAAAAAAAAAAAAAAAAACACUUAACA